CGACGGAAAAGAAGAAUCGGAAAAUUUUCUUCCGUUUUUGGUGCAACCCGUCUCAGUGAAUAAUGGUCGAAGUGAACGAAAAUGGGUGUGUUUAGGGGUAAUGGCUUUUCCGUUCCGUCGUUUUUUGGGGCGAGUGUGAUUUGUGUUUGGGGGGAAUGGUAGUGCUCGCACUUGAUUUGGUUUCAUAGCACUUGAAAAUCCGUGCGAAAGAAGUGUGUAAUUCGUAGUAAAAAUGGCGAUGAUCUGGUUCGAGCAGCACCUUGGUUUUUCUGUGUGGGCAGAACGGAACCAGGGAAGGUGGUGUACCUUCCUCUGAGCAAGCAGUCACAUUUGUUUACAUAAGUCUUAUCUCGUCGCGGAGUUUAUCCAUCGGGGUGGAGCUGGCACAGUCGGUGACUUGGCAGGUGAAUCCACCGGCAGCUGAAGCUAUCCGAAGGAAAAAGGAAUCUAUUCAUGGAAAUUAAAGCCCUUUCUCAGCCAGAUGUUGAUUCAUCACGCAUAUGACUUUGUGAGAAAACGAAAGAGUAACGCAGCGAGAAGAAGCAGAUACGGAGUAUCUUGAAGAAAAAUACGCUACGCAUACAUACGCAAGCGUGCUGAGUAAACUGCGGGCUGAGUCGUUCGAUCCAACUCGAUCGUGAAGAUCUUGCACUACCGUGGACCCACAGUGGAGUAAAUCAGAGCGCGAUCGGGACGUCCGCUUGCAACAGUGUUUGUGAUCAUUGGAAAUCAAACAUAAAUAAUAAAACCAGCUCAUCGCCCACGAUUGUAACCGGGGAGUGCUUCAAUGCACUCGACAUCAUGCGGCUAUCGAUUAUCUUAGAAGCAUGUUGCUUAUUAAAAGAGCAUGAAUCUUAUGUGCCAUCGGCUACGACGAUAUGAGAACGAUGAGAAUAUUUGAAGAAUCGAUCACAGUGGCCAUCAGAAAUUGUCAUUUGUUUUGGUUCAGUCGCUUACAAACGUUCUAAAGAACAGACGUGUUUUCUGUCAUCCGGCACUACAUUUGGCUUCGAAAAAGGGACAAUCCCACACAACGACACCCACUGGUGAAUGAUUGCUGCAGUUUUCUGACUCUACGUCGUUCCAUUCAAGCCCAAAGAACCGGUACGCGGUGCUACGUCAGAAGGUCCCUCUCGUCGGGCUGGCUAAUUGCCAAUAUUGACAUCAAUCGUCGCUCGUGGCAAUCACAGUGCUGGCUGCCAUACAGACGUGAUUCAUUGGCGUAGUGGAUGAUUUUUUUUCUGCGAACGGUCUUGCAUGGGUCAGACACUUCGGGAAGGAGGUGAGGCCUUGAAUGACGCAUGCUGCUGCUGCUGGUGGUGGCUGACUAAAAGUGAUGACGAAGACGCGUCGUUGAUAUAAGCAAAUAAGAGUGGACAAAACACGGACGUAUUAAAACAGUGCACAGUGGGAAAAAUUGAACCCGAAACACGACUAAAUUCAUUUUCUCAGCUGGGUAACGGGUUCUGCCAACGGCUGAGACCAUUUUCGCUUGGAAAAAGUGUGCUGAAUCGAUUGUUGGGGGUCUCGUUGGCCGAAGGCCUCACCCUGGCCAGCUAGAGGGCCGGAAUCAAUCCGAGUUCCUUACGGAAAGCAAAAUCAUUGUCAUCCAAGAAUACUUUCGCACCCGAUAUUUAUUCUGAAGCCGCAAAUCAGAAGUCAACCGCACUCCGGAUAAUAUCAGUUGCAUAUUAUGGUCCAAUUGUGGUUCCGGAACAAUCCGGGACAACCCGGAACAUUAGGGUGGGGCUAAUUUUAAAAAAUCUCUCUGGGAUAUGAUUUCCCAAAUGGAAAUCGAUCUACUAGUCGAAAUAAGCAAGCUGUACAAUAUUGAGUGAUUUUGGUUAAUCUUUAGAGGUGGCGCAAAGGGUUUAAGUGAUUUUUUUUUCUAGAGCAAACCUUUAAAAAAACAUUUCAAACUAAAUUUUCAAACAUAAUUUUUCUAGACUAAAUUGGUGAUGUUAGAACCCCCUAGGGCCAAAUUUGUGCUCAAAACUGCGAUAUCUCUACUGGUUUCUGAGAUUUUUGAAAAAAAUGUCGCAUUUUGUUUUUUUUUAGUUAGAUACCAAAAUAUUACAUUUUUUUUUCAAACAUCUCGGAAACCAAUAUAACACAAUUUUGAACACAAAUUUAACCCAACUGGGUUCUAGAAUCACCGAUUUAGUCUAGAAAAAUGAUGAUUGAAAAUUAAAUUUGAAACGUUUUUUGAAGCAAAAAUUUAAUUUACUUUCUGAGAUGCUUCCAGAAUGCCCCCUUCUUGAUUUUUUAAAAGAUGUUUCCAGAUUCGUUCCAGGAUGCUUCCAGAAUCCUUCGGGUGUGCUAUCAAAAUCCAACAUGGAUGCUUCUAGAUUCCUUUAUAAGCUGCUUCCAGAAUCCAUCUGGGUUGCUUUCAGAAUUCUUUGGAAAUGCUUCAAGAUUCAUUUUUGAAUGCUUUCCGAAUUCUUCUGGGAUGCUUCCAGAAUAAUUGUGGGAUGCUCCAGAGUCCUUAUGAAAUCAGGGUGUCUACUACUUGAAAAACACCUGAAACCCGAGAAUCUUCAGGUAAUUAUAUUUAACAGGGAAAACCUAGAAUACUUAGAGAACUUCUGGGUACAUUUCGUAGCGGAUAAAACAAAUACUAGAAAUCCGUUUUGAAUUUUGAAAUCAAUUGUUAUAAUUUAAUCAAACAUUUUCAGUUUCUGAAAAUAACCUGAAUCUAUCUCUGAAAUACAUUUUUCGUGGCUGAAAUUAUAGGGAACCAUUCUGAAUAAAUUUCUUAACAAAUCCUUAGAGAAAUCGUGAAAAAUAUUGGAUCGCAGGAUGAUUUUCAGGAAUAAUCUGAAUUGGAUUAUUAAGUUGCAUUGAUCAGGAAAAUACUGACUACAUAAAGUGUUUCAAUCACAUUUUCAAGCGCUUCUAAAAGUAAUACUGGAAAAAAUAUUAUACCAUUACCAAAAAUAUUUCUGACCAAUCUUGGAGAAAAAUAAUUGUUUUUUUUAAACAAUUUUACUGAAUUGUGGUACGCAUCUUAAAAAAAAAUAAAAAAAUAAAAAAAAUCUGGUCUAAAUCUGGAAUAAUUUGCUGCAGAUUCGGCAUUAGAAUUUAUUGACAAUUCCUCAAUAUGUUCCUGAUACAAAUCAUAAUGAUUUUUUUAAAUUGAUUUAAUAAUAUAGUAGCCUUGUGCUAGAGGUUCUUACACAUUACACAUUUUUAAAAACUUUUCAGGUCAAGUUCCUGUUGCAAUUCAUGUAUCAGAAAAAAUCUAGGAGCCAUUCUGAUGGAGUUCAUGAUAGAAUAUUUAACGAAUAUACCAGUCAUAAUUUAGUAAUUUUGUUUAUAAAAACUGCUUAUUGGAUUUCUGAAUAACUUUUAUCUGUUUUUUUCGAGGAUUUAAAUAUUUUUCCUCUAAGGGUUUUAUGAAAAAAAAAUGCCAAAUGCUACAUUUGAAAUUUCUAGCCAUUAUUUUUAACGGAUUCUGAAAAUCAUAUUCCCUUAUCAACUUCUUUAUGUUUGUUUACGAGCUUUCAUACAAAUCUCCCGUUAAAUUUUAACCUAAUUAAUGAAAAUUUGUUUGCAUAUUUAAUAAAGAUCAAUUUCUUACAUUCAUUGCUUCCAGGUAUUUAUAUUUUUUUAAAUAUAUACUGAUUUACAAAUUGAAAAUAUUACAAAACUUAAGUUUAAUUAACCCUAAUCUUGUACCGACUUUUCGAACCUUCUAAGCAGAAUACCCUCUUCGAAUGGGUGUAAUCAGUUUCGUACCUUUUAAUUCCGCCCUAUGUUGCUUAUCCUUUGACAGAUACGCGUAUUUCGACUACCACUUGUAAUCUUCCUCAGUGUCAGUUAUCCACUGGUAAUCUUCCUCAGUGCCAGUUAUCCACUGAAUAACUGACACUGAGGAAGAUUACAAGUACUAGUCGAAAUACGCGUAUCUGUCAAAGGAUAAGCAACAUAGGGCGGAAUUAAAAGGUACGAAACUGAUUACACUCAUUUAAUUAACCCUGUUAAAACCUGGAAAACUUACAGAAUAUCAUUUUGUCUUAUGAGUAUGAGUAGAUACCCUGGAGAUGCUUCCCCAAUUCUCCUGGGUAGCUUCCAUAAUCUUUCUGCGAUGCUUUCAAAUUCCUUAUGGAUUUCUUCCAGAUUCGUUUUUGGAUGCUUCCUGUUUCUUUCUGUGAUGCUUUCAGAUUUCUAAAUGAAUGCUUCCAGAAUCCUUGAAACCUUGAGGUGGCCCUUCCAGAUUCCUUUUAGGAUGCUUCCAGAAUUCUUAUGGGAUGGUUCAAGACUAAUUUCAAGGCAUCCUUGAAGCAACUUGAAAGCAUCCCAGAAGGUUUCUGGAAGACUACCUGAAAGAUUUUUGAAGCAUUGAAAACGAAAUAUGAAGAAGGCAUUUUAAUGGAUUUUUGAAGCAUCCCUGACGAAUUUUAGAAGGUGAGUGUUGAGUGUCGAGCUGGUUCGAUGCAGCAUCCGAAGAAAAUUGAAAGUUAAAGAGAAAUUGUGAAGAAAAAACCCAAGAAAUAAUGUGAAAAGUUCAAUUGAAAAGUGGAAACAAAAUAGCGGAUGGAAUAAAAUAGGAAGAUAUUAGUUUCGAAUGGUUAAUUGGGUUGAUUUCGGAAAGCACCAAAGUUAGACUCCAUUUUUUCACCCGUUCUUUUGUCGGAUUGAUGUCUGGUUAGGUGAUUCGAGUCUAAUAAGAUUAUGUAGUGAAUGUGUAUAUAAAGAAAAAUCAGUUGCUCAUGACACAAGAAAUCAGCAUAGUGGAAUUACAGGUCCGAACCGGAUCCUGAGAGCUAUUAUUAUCGACGGAUGCGGAGCGGAGUUGCUGCAGGCGUUCCCGACACAGAGGAGAUUCGCUAAAAACAGGAAGCACCAGACAGAUAAGUUUUUCUCUGAAGUGUUUGCUAUAUUAUUGAACAAAAGUUGUAUUGCAUGCAAUCUGAGAUCCAAAGCACCGUAAAAUAUUGCUACUCGGUAAUUGGGGUGGGAUGUUUCUUUUAGGGGUAAGGCAACUCAUAGCCAUAUAGAAACUGUCCCACUUUCGGCGAACAUUGUGCCGGGGGAUUACGCGACGACCUGGAAGUUCGCUGAAUGUGUUGUUAUUUUUUUAGGUGGGACACAAUCUGUACGUAGUAAUAAUGUUGAGUCCAACUAAUAGGUUUCACUGUAUGUAUCCAAUAAGAAUUUUACGAGCGGAAUGAGAAUAGAGUUGCGCACAGGUUCGAUCGUUUGACGUUUGAGAGAUGGGGGUGCCAAUGAUUACGAUUUCAUCUUGUGUAAAUACGACUCCGCUCAACCGCCGAGUUGGUUGACUUAUGUAUUUACCGGUUCAUGAGCCUCUGUACGAAAUUGCCCUGUCCUGCUCACUCCCACAGAAGGUUUGAAAACAGCGCGCAGCUGUUUUCAGAUUUUCUGUGGGAGAGAGCAGUACGGCAGAUUCGUGCAGAGGCUCAUAGGAAAGUGGUCACAGAAUGGGAGAGGGGUCGAGUCGGACGCCAAGCGAGAGUGGGCAGCUUGCGUUCUGCCAACGUGUACGUAUACGUUACAUUACACCAACACUGGGGGAACAUAUCCAUAAUCAUUUUCAGCUGAGGGUAGAUGGUGGAAAAGCGUGAUAAUCGAUGAAAGUUAAGGUAGGAGUUUAACCUUAUUAUUUUUAAUUGUUUUAGAAUAUUCAACUGUCAUAACACUCGUUUAAAUGUAUGACUUUUACAAAUGUACCUUGCAUGUAUUCUCAUCUGCAAGUGAAAUGCAAAGUGAAUCUAUGAUUGCACACCAACUCGGAUUGGGGUGGUUUAGACACAUACAUUGACACGUAAUGCAAAGUUGGGAAAAAUAAUGAUAGUGUAGGUGUGUAGAAUAAAAGAUAUGGUAAAUUUUCCGAGGAAGCGCUACCGUACUCAGAGAGAGAGAAAAAAAAAGGUUUUUAACAGGGUGCCCAACUCGAUUACUCUAUUUUUUUAUUUUUCUUCAUAACUACUAAUGCGCAAAAUGAAAUUACCAUGAAUCCGGUUUAUUGCUCAGACAAGUUUAAAAAUAAAAAUUCAAUUAUUUCAUCGUUUUGUACCAAAGAACAAGUAUAGUGAUAGUUUAUAUAAGUAUAUAAAAUUAAAAAAAAAAAAAAAUCAUGGCAACCAUUUAGUGGGGUGGAAGGGGGUGGUGACCACAGCUCUCAAACGGUGGUAUAUGUCAAUUUUUUUUUGUGGUAGUGCAGACAUUUCCAAUGUAAAGGUGAAAGAGAGUCCGUGCUUCUAUUUCCCGCGAAAAUAGAUUACAAACUCAUUGCCGUGAAAAUUUUCGAAAAGUUGGAAGUGAGCAAAGUGAAAGCAGUGCUUCGAAAAGGAAAAAAAUGGAGAUCGUGGAAAGAAAAGAGUUCCGGAACGGAAACAUCAAGGUGGUCCAGGUAAAUACGAACUCAUAAUCUUGACAAAUAAUCCCGAAAACAGAGAGAUAAUACAAUUGAUAUGAUCUAGGUACCUGGAGACGGAAGUUGCAUGUUUUAUGCAAUUGUACAGCAGAUAACGGGCUGGACAACCUUCGACGACAAGUUCAGGGAGAAGGCAAGGGAACUGAGAAGAGGGACUGUAGAGUAUUUGUGGAAUCAUAGGAGGGAGAUGAAGGAAGUGAUAAUUGCCGCUAUGGACGAUGGGAGCGCUAACUCACUGGAUGAGAACAGUGAAGAGUACAUGGAAGUGGCGAUGAAGCAUAUCAAGGAGCUGGCAAAGGAUAAUACAUGGGCAGGAACAGAAAGUGUGUUGGCUUUGAAGGAGAUAUUGAACAAGAACAUACGAGUAUUCAGUCCGUAUGUGGAACCACAAGAAUAUCGCGUUGGAAAUGGCCAGAGACAGACGAUUGAGAUUUAUUAUAAUGGUGUCAACCAUUAUAACAGUGUAUUCAGACAAGCGGAAUUAGUGGAAGAGCAUAGGGAGCGUGAGGAGACCAUUGCCGAGCAGGUUACGAAAGCCGUAGAAGUCCAUCAGAAAAAUGAAGAGCUGAAUAUGCAAGAGAGCAGAGCAGAAGGCAAAGUCGAUAAGGGUAGAUUCUGGAUGAAAGUAAAAGACGGAAGGGUAAGAGCUAGGAGAUUCGUCGAGGGCCCAGAAAGUCUGCUUUGGUCGGUCUGUUUUCAAGCAAGUGGUAUCACACCACGCUCUAUUGCUUUCGAAGAACUACCGAAAGUGCUGGAAGAAGAGAUCAGAAAAGCAGUGAAUGUACAAACGAAGGUCAUUGUCCCGAACUCAGAAGUAUGGAAAGCAAUCGCCAACAUAACAGGAUCACAAAUAAAAAUAUACAGAGAAAACGAGGAAACAGCAGUGUUCUAUCCCAAAAGCGUACAUACAGAAGCAAAGGAGGUUAUCGUAGCAGAGACCAGAAUAAGAGACAGCGUACAAAUAGAUAGUGUUGAGAAGGUGUACAUUAGAACAGAAAAAGAAAACAAGAGAAAAGAACAAACAAACAAGCAAGAAACACAACAAAAUAGGGAAAAUCAGAACAAAAGAACAAGCAAGGAUACUCUAGAUCAGCCGGAAAAAAUGACGACAAUGACCAUCAAAAUGGCAAGUUUGAACGUUAGAGGAUGCUGCAUGAAAUCCAAAAGAGAGGAAAUAGACGAAGAGUUAUAUAAUGCAGGAGUGGACAUUGCAGUACUACAGGAAGCAAACAUUACGGGUGUCAAAGUGGAUACACAAAACUACGAAUGGUGGAUAUCAGACAGAAGCAAUGCCAACAAUAUGAGAGGUUUAGCCAUACUGAAAAAGAGAGGAAAUCGGAUUAAGGUUAGAGGAGUUAGAACCAUUAAUAAAAACAUAAUGUCAGCCAUUAUUGAGAAAGAAGAAGGAGAUGAAAGCUGGCUGAUCAUCAACGUGCAUGCGCCGAACGCUAAUGCAAAUUCGUUCUUCGCAGCUCUAGGAGCAUACAUAAACAGCCAUCCGAGGAAAGAGAAAAUGAUAAUCUUAGGUGACUUCAACUCGCAAAUAGGUAAAGAAGAUAUAGAUGAUGAUGACAUGGAAAGGUUGGGCAUACAUAUAGGACAUAGAAUAACAAAUGAAAAUGGCGAUUAUAUGAAAAUAUUCCUUAAAAUUCACAAUCUAAAUGUAACUUCAAUGAGGUUUGACAAGUCAUUAUUGUACACUUGGACAAAUGGAAGUAAAACAUCGCAAAUAGAUCAUAUACUAUUAGAUGAUAACACAAUUGUAAAAGUAAAAUACAUAAAAGCAAGGUGGACCACAAUUCAAACAGACCAUAAAAUGUUGAUGUUAGGAAUACAAGCAAAACAGUGGAAACAGGAAAAUAAGACCGUAAAAGUUAAAAAGCUAUUACUACCAAAGGUGUUACAACAAAGUGAACCAAAACAAAUAUUCCAUAGAGAACUGCAAAAACAUGAGCCGAUAAAUGUUGAAAAUUUAGAAAUAACUGAAGCAUAUGAGAAAAUAACUGAAAAAAUAACCACUAGUGCUAGAAAGGCCUUAGAAAAAGUCAAGGACCCUAUGACACCAAAGAGAAAAAAGGCAAUACACUCAUUACUGAAGGCAAGGAAACAGGCGAGAUUAGCGAAAUCAAGAGGAAUAGAUACGAACUGGUUCAGAGAAAACAUAAAUAUUCGAAGGCAUGAUUACUACUUAGCGGUUAGAGAUCACAACGAAAAAGAGAUAUUUAAGUUCUAUAACGAAUUACAAGACUACGAAGUAGGAGAGCGAAUCAAAAGAUCGUACAUAUUUUUGAAAAAGUUUACUAGAAGAAAAGCAACAAAAAAACCUCUAAUUGCAAUGAAGAAGUGGGUAGAGGAACUAAAACUGACGGAAGGUGAAUCAAUUGUCAUUAAACCGGAUAACGAAGAGCUAACAGAAGAACCUAGUAGGGAAGAAAUUAGAAACAUAAUCGAUGGACUGGUUAACGGCAAAGCAGCAGGAACAGAUAAAAUAAGAAAUGAAUACGUCAAAUAUUCCGAUGAAGAUAGCAUAGAAGAGCUAUACCAGAUUAUUAGAAAAGUGUGGAGAACCAACAAGAUGCCAGAACAGUGGAAGAAGUCAGUACAAAUACCAAUCCCAAAAAAGAAAGGAGCAAAGGAAACCACAGACUUCAGACGUAUAACGCUGUGUAACCUAGGGUACAAAGUUUACGCCAAAUGGUUAGUGACAAGAUUGAGACAAUACGCAGGAGACCCUGGUUACCAUCAGACAGCCUUUACACAGGAUAGAUCGACGGACGACCAAAUCUUUUUUGCAAGAAGGUGUAUGGAAGAAAACUGGAAUGCUGGUAACACAAUAGUACUCAUGUCAGCAGAUGUCAAAAAAGCAUUUGAUCUGGUAGAUGUCUCCUCGGUAAGUACGGCAAAAAUAAAUAUAUGGGGCAUUUCAAAUACGACGUCAAUUAUCCUCUCUUUCUGCAUCCUCUACUGCGCUUUCUAUGCUCUUCUCUUCUUGACUUUUCUUCCUUACUACGAAAAGCCUGCUUCACAGCAGAGCUUCAAUGAGCGCUUCCACAAAUGUUGGCUGAGAUUUUUCUUAGUCGGUGACCGUUCUGGGCGGGUAGAUCAUGUGGCAGACGAGAAUGGUGGAAGCUCGAACUUUCCAAUUGUCUUCUUACAAGGAAAAAUUACCCAUUGAUUGUAAGUUUAUUGAAUAGUUAAAUGGAACAACACUAUCACAAUCUUGCUCACAAUUCUUCGAGGGUUGGUCAUAUAAUGUAUGUAAGUAUGUAUGUAUGUAUGUAUGUAUGUAUGUAUUGCAGCUCCAUCCUUCCUAUGACAUUGAGAUACUCAAUGUAAUAAAAAAAAGAUAAAGAAACAGACUUAAAUAUUUGAUAUAUACAACUAAUUCAUCGCUAAUGCUGAUAGACUGUGAUAAUAUAAUAGCACAGACGGUGAUAGUAAUGUAGACAUAUUCAAUUAUAGAAAGUAAAUCAAACGAAGUAAAUAAAAAAAAGAUUGAGUAAUUAAUUAAGUAAAAGUUCAGGAUUAGUACAAUUGGUUUGGUAGUCAUGGAUAACGGGGAAGGAAGGAGUUGAAUAUACAGUAGAACAAUUUUCUAUUUAGCUUCUCUUCUAAUCAGUAGACGAAGUUUCGAAUGACCCUAGAAUGGACAGGUAUACACAAUGUAGAUAAUUAACAUUGCAUACAAUUUUAAAACACAUUUAGGUGGAAAACAUACUGACUGAACUGAACGUCCCUUCACAUAUAACAAAUAGAGUACUACAAGCGUUGACAGCAGAGCGAACGAGCAUACAGUGGGAAGGAGUCAGGACGGAGGAACGGAGCAAAGGCAAAGGAAUUAAACAGGGGUGCCCAUUAUCACCCUACAUUUUUACGCUGAUCAUCCAGAAAGUUUUGAAUGAGGUUAAGAAGAAACACCCUAAUAUUAACCUAUUGGAACUUAAUAACGGAAAGCUGCCAGUGAUUCUAGCUUUUGCAGAUGAUUUGCUGAUUAUUGCCAGAACAACAAAUGAGAUUGAAAUAAUUAUGAAGACACUAAAGAUGGAGUUAAAGAAAGUAGGUCUAGAAAUUAAUGCAAGUAAAAGUGAAAUACUAAUCAGAGAACCUCAAAGUGAUAGGAAUAUCCCUGAAAAAAUCAAAAUUGAUGGAGAAGAGUAUAAAGUUGUGAAAAAUAUGAAGUACUUAGGGACCUUUCUGACAGAAUCGUUAGACAGACCACAAACGACCAGAAAGCGAUGUAAGUUAGCUGUAGGGAGCAGUAAAAUUAUUGUUGAAUUUUUAAGGCGAUACAAACCGCCUUGGAAAUUGGCGAGAUUAAUAUAUAAAACGGUAAUAUCUCCGGCCAUAACAUACGGUUUGAAAGCGGCAGCUCUUGUAAAAAGAAACAGAAAGUCGAUUAGUAAAUACGAAAUGCAAAUUUUAAAAGAAAUGAUCAGGUACUGUAGAGAUAGGCCAAGAGGAAGAGUAAAACUGUCAAGAUUGCUAGAGGGGAAGACUGCGGUAAAGAAGAUAAGGGUAAUGAGAAUUAACUACUGGGGUCAUAUUCAAAGAAGACCUCCUGGUCACCCACUGAAAAUUGCACAACAAAUAAAAUACGAGAAAAAGAAAAGGGGAAGACCGGCUAAAACGUGGAACGACUCAGUCAUAGAGGAUAAACAAAUGAUUCAAGGAAUAUCAGAAGAAGAGUGGAUAGAAUUAGCAAAGGAUAAAGAAAAAUUAAAAGGAAAGGCAGAAGAAAUAUAUAGAAUUGAGGGCAGUGAGGAGGAAUCCGAAUCAGAGGUAGAGUAAUAAAUAAAUAAUGUAAAUAUGUAAGUAAAUGAACUUGUAAACGAAUAAACUUGGAAUAAUCUGGAAUUGAAUGAAAACAUAAUUAAAAACAAAAAUAAAUUCAUAUAAAUCGGGAGGAGAAACAUAUGAAUUGGUGUGAAGAAUUGAGAACGAGAGAAGAUAAUGGUGUGGGGAAUUAGAGUGCAAUAAUCUACACAAAUUCACCUAAUUGAGAAAAAAGCAGAUAAGAAUAAGAGAAUAAUUAUACUAAAAUACCCCACAGAUGUUUAAAAAUGAUACUUUCUCUCCACAGAAGUAAUGAAUCAACCCAACUGGCAAAGAAGAAUCGAUGAAAACUGGUAAGAUCGUUUCAUAUACACCGCCUUUAAAACCAACUAAAUACGCGCCAGAAUCAGAAAUGGUUUUUUGAUUCAGGAAGUAUGAUCUCAUCUCAGAUAUCCAUUUGAUAUGUGGAUGAUAUCAUGCGGGGCUUAUUGUACAUGAAAAUGACCUCAGAAUGCACGUGUAGGAACAGGCAUUCUCGAAAUGGGUUGUUGGAUUUGCAAUAGAGCUAUCACCUUCCAUCUCCCGGAUUAAAGUUGUUUACAUAUGUUUGAUAGUAAAAAUAUGAAAAAAAAACCCAAAUGUGUAAACAAAUUUCUUCCAUAAAAGCACUGCCGGUCAGUGGGAGAUGGAUUGUACACACACACACACACACAUCCCUGACGAAUUUUAGAAGCAUCCCAGAAGGAAUCUAAAAGUAUCCCAGGAAAAGUUCGGGUGCAUCCCAGAAGAACUCUGGAAGCAUCCCAGAAUCUGAAAGUAUCACAAAAAAAAUCUGCAAGCAAUUCUGAAGGCAUCCCAGAAUGAUUCUGGAAGCUUCCCAUUAGGAAUUUGAAAACAUCCCAGAAAGAUUCCGAAAGCAAUCCAGAGGAACUCUUAAAGCAUUUAUAAAAGAGUCAGAAGAAUCCUGGAAUCAUGAUUCUGGAAGAAUCCCUGAUAUUAUGUAAUAGUUGGAUUCUGGCAGCAUACCUGAAUGACUUUAGCAGCAUCCCAGAAAGAUUUUGGAAGCUUCCCAUAAGGAGUUUGAAAGCAACCCAGAAAAAUUUUGGAAGCAGCCAAGAACAAUUCUGAAAGCAUCUUAUUAGAAAUCUGAUGGCAUCCCAGGAAGAAUCUGGAAGAAUCCCGGGAUUCUUGAAGCAACGUAUAAGUAUUCUGAAAGCACCCCAGAAGGAUUCUGGAAGAAUACCUAAAGUAUUCUGGAAGCAUUGCAGAAAGAUUCUGGAAGCAUCUUAGAACGAAUCUGCAAACAUCCUAUAAGGAAUGUCAAUUUCUUGAUUUUGCUUUGGCUGACCAAGCCAUGUGGGAAAUUACACUGUUGAAAAUGCUUUGACAUCCAUGUGCACAUGUGUCGAAGCUCUCGACAAUUAAAAAACAACUUCCUCUCCCGCUUUGACAUACAUGUGCACAACAGACAAUGUGUUAGAUGUUCAUCUAAUCCCAUCCGAAGGGGGUUUGGAUUGUGAAAAGAAGAUAACCAUGUGCGAUUGUGGAAUCGAGUUCAGUUCUAGGCCUGCUGGCGACGGAGAUAGUCGAGUGACUCCGUAGCUUGAAGGAAUAGAAGCGCCCGUCUAGCGUAUUGGGAGUCGUGAGUUCGAGUCUCACCGGAGUACGUGGAUUUCUUUUCAUAAUUUCAAAUCUCAAUUUGUUCAUCGAGCACAUGUUCUGUUGUGCACAUGGAUGUCAAAGCAUUUUCAACAUCCUAUAAGGAAUCUAGAAGUAUUUCAAAAGAAAUCUGGAAUCCCAGCAUAAUUUGGAAAGCAUCCUAGAAGGAAUCUGGAAGAAUCGCAGAAAAACUCAGAAAGCAUCUUUAAAAAACUGGAAGCAUCCCAUAAAGAUAUAUAGAAGCAACCUAGAAGCUAUCUGGAAGCAACUCAGAAAGAUUCUGGAAGUAUCCCAGAAGGAUUCUGGAGUUAUCCUAGAAGGAAUCUGGAAGUAUCCCAGAAGAAAUCUGAAAUAAUUGCAGAAACAUUUUGGAAACAACCCAGACAGAAUCUGAGAGUAUCUCUGAAGAACUUUAAGAAGCAUCUUUAAAAAAAAUCUGGAAGCAUCGUAGAAGUUUUCUGGAAGUAUCCCAGAAGGAUGUUAGAAGCAUCCUUGAUGGAUUAUUAAAGCAUGCCAGAAGAAAUCUGGCAGUAUCCUAGAAGAAUUUUGGAAGCAUCCCGGAAGGACUCUGGAAACAUUUUAGAAGAAUUCGAGAACCAUCUCGAAAGAAAUUUGAAAGAAUCCCUGAAAGAUUCUGCGAGCAACCUCGAAGAAUUAGAAAGCAACCCAGAUCCCAGAUUGUUUCAGGAAAUAUCCCUGAAGGAUUAUGUAAGUAACCCUGGUAGAUUCUAGAACCAUAGCAGAAGAAAUCUGCAAGCAUCCUAGAAGGAAUCUAGUAACAUCCAAGAAAAACUCGGGUAGUGUCUCAAAAGAAAUCUUGAAGCAUUAGCAUAGAGAUUCUGGGAGAAACCUAGAAGAAUUCUGAAAGUAUCUGAAAUGGCAUCUGAAAGUGUCAUGGAACAAUUCUGGAAGAAUCCUUGAUGGAUUCUGGAAGCAUCUCAGAAGGAUUCUUGUAAUAUUCCCGAAAAUCUAGGAAAUGUUCCAAAAUGAAUCUGGAAGCACCCCAGAUAGAAUCUGGAAGUAUCCCAUAAGAACUUGGGAAGCAUCCCGAAGGAAAACUGAAAGCAUCCCAGAACUUCUGGCCCAUUCUGAAAGCAUCCCAAAAAUAUUGUGGAAGCAUCCUAUAAGAAAUAUGGAAGCACCUCAGAAGUACUUUGGAAGUAACCCAGAAGGAUUCUUGACCCAACCUAGAAGAAAUCUGGAAGCAUCCCUGAGGGAUUCCGGAAGCAUUCCGGAUUGCCGUUUAGUGACCACCAAUAUAGUUUUGUUCAACCUGAAUUGAUUGUGAAUUCUGUAUUAUUCAUUGAGCUGCAGCAUUAUUUAGAUAUACAUAGUAUAGGUAUUCAGAGGAACUCGGAAUUAUCAGUGGCCACAUCUUACCUUCUAACUGGCUAGUAUUAUCCAGAGAAAAAAAAACACUUAAACCCUUUGCGCCACCCCUGAAGAUCAACCAAAAUCGCUCAUUUUUGUACUGCUUACUUAUUUCGACUAAUAGAUCAAUUUCCACUUGGGAAAUCAUAUCCCAGAGAGAUUUUUUUUAAUUAGCCCCACCCUAAUGUUCCGGGUUGUCCCGGAUUGUUCCGGAACCACAAUUGGACCAUAAUAUGCAACUGAUAUUAUCCGGAGUGCGGUUGACUUCUGAUUUGCGGCUUCAGAAUAAAUAUCGGAUGCGAAAGUAUUCUUGGAUGACAAUGAUUUUGCUUUCCGUAAGGAACUCGGAUAGAUUCCGGGCCUCUAGCUGGCCAGGGUGAGGCCUCCGGCCAACGAGACCCCCACCAAUCGAUUCAGCACACUUUUUCCAAGCGAAAAUGGUCUCAACCGUUGGCAGAACCCGUUACCCAACUGAGAAAAUGAAUUUAGUCGUGUUUCGGGUUCAAUUUUUCCCACUGUGCAGUGUGUUUAAGUUUGCGGACAAUUUAUGGCGGUUUUGGAAUUUCCCUUGAAGCUUUGGAUUCACAUACCGCAGUCACAAGUUUACAGCGAGAAAAUGAUUCUCUCAUCUUUUGAGUUAAAUCGUUGAUUAAUCUUUUUGAAUCUUUCGGAAUCUUUUUAUGUCUCGACAAAUCAACUGCAUCCUGUUUAUUGGAUUUCAACAAUCAUUUAGUUUCAGUGUUGUGAUUUAUAGCUAGUGAUCUGACGAAGAAAAACAUCAGUUCUGUUAUUUAAAGAUGAUCCCAAAACCGAGCCCAGAACCAUCCCUGGACGAACUGGAAUUGUUCAACUGGCGUUAUCAUUCACCGUACUGAUUGGCAUUCCUGCCUCACCAUAUGAAGAUCAGACCUUGGAUCAGACAAUACAAAAAAGUAUCGAAAUGAAGGAAUGAAAAUAAGCGAUUAUUGCAACUCAUCAAUCAAUCGUUGUUCGUCAUUGAAUCACUGAAGUCUUCAACUCCGGUAUAUAAUAUAAAAUAAUAAUUUUAUGAGUAAGCAGCCAUAACAUGCAAACAUUCUUGUGAAGGUUCAGAUCUGUUCUAUCAAAUUGUAUAGCAUUCUGGUUUUAAAGUGAUAUUGGUGCGAAUUUCACUUGGACACAAGGAUAAGAAGAUGCAAAAGAGUGGCAUAAGAUCCGUCAAAUCUGUCAACAGACUAUAUCGGAGAUGCAAUGAAUGCGCCUUCGAUUACAUUAAAGAUUAUCAGACCGCAGGGGAACUGUGAUGCUACUACAGCGAGGAUUCGCUCGUUGGGUCACGACUGCACCCCGAUUAGCGAAUCGUGUUCGUUCGUUGGGGCAACUGACAACUGAUCAAAAUGCUCUAGAUAACAUCGGUUCAAUUGACCCCAUUAAACUAAUUGUAUUUGUAUUGUAAUUUACUAUUUACUAGAUUCCUUUAAUUUAUUGGAAAACAUUAGAAAAAUCAUUGUUCAUCUUUUUCUUGACGUAACAUCCUCACUUGGCUAAACCUGUUUCAGCUAGUUUUCUAUAAAUACUUCCUCAGUUAUUCAUUGAGAGCUUCCUCUGCCAACACGGUUUAACGUCUGUCAGUCGUUGAAGUUUUAGCGAAUAACAUUCGAUAACCGAAACAUCUACUGCACUCAAAUUUAAAACGAAAAUUAUAAAAAAAAAAUAUGUCAAGUGAUUUUGUGUUUGAUUAUACAAACAUGAUCCAAGCAACAAUAAUAUUUAUUGUUAUUUAUUUGUUACGAAUUGUUUUUAAGUGUAAUUGAGAAAUAAACUCUUUUUUAAUAAAAAGUUCAUAAGAACUUUGCAGGCACUUUUGCAACUAUAUAAAAACAACUUAAAUUAAUUUUUACUGAUAGUAACUUUAAAUUAUUAUAGAACUAUUGAAAAACAAUCGAAUCAAUUAGUCACUAAUAAAGCUAAUGUUCACUUAUUGUACGAACUAUAUGGACUUGAUUUCUAUUGUAAAAAGUAACAAUAUAUCUACUAUGUGUUUUAUUGUGAACAAUAAAACCAGUCAUAUGUUAAUAAUGUUUACCAUGUAAUGAAUGGUAAUUUUUUAUCCGGGUGUUCAGCUGUGGCUAUAGGUUUGGCACCGGUCCGAUACUCAGCCAGGUGAACGAUUAUCAGGAACAGCAGCAGAAGAGCAACAAUUCAGGAUAUACGUACCAAUAGCACCAGUAAGUUCUCACCUUUUCAUUAAGCGUGCGGUUAAAUCUCUCCGCAACACACCGUUUUGCUGAGCCGAAUACACUACGGUUGAUUGGCCUUGAAUUCCCUUCCAUCUGUAGUACGCUUCUUGUUCCUUCGAGCAAUAUUCCCUUUCUUGAUCGACUGUUAGUUUUCUGAUCCGUUUCUCAAACUCCAAGGCAUCGCUUUAUACUCUUGAAAACCGAGUCAUCUUUCUUCAUGAUCGCUCGAAGCUUUCCACCACGGGUUGUGAACAGGACAUCGAUUCCACCUUGCGAUAUUUUCUUCACGAACACCAGAUUUCCUCUCAGCUCGGGGACGAAGAUUAUACGCUUUUCAUCUCGAAACGUACACCUUCCUUCGAAAGUCCGGUAACUUCUCCUUCGUACUUUUCAACGAUCGAGACGCCUUCCUGGGCCUAGUCCACGUUGUUCACUAGAUGAUAAAUAGCUAUAUCCGGAACUUGAUCCGGAAUCGACUACGAAGCUCGACCUCUGGCAUCUUGUGGACCAUGAACGAAACCCAUUUGCUUCCAACAGCAGCGUUGACCUUACCUUAGGGCUUCUUGACGCGACAAUCCUUCUGCAUGUGGCCAUGUUUACCGCAACGGUGGCACUUAAUUGCCGAAAAACUUAUUCACACACCGCUUAUUCGAUUCGCAACCAGAUUCUAUGCCUUUUCCCAAAAAUUUGAGCUCACAUAGUUGAAAAUUAGUUUAAAAUGACCGAUUCUUGAAUCUUUUCAUCUGCCGAUCAAAAUUUCAGUUACCAAUGGUUCGAGUCAGGCUCGCCAGAUCGACGUCGCGUAUGACCUCACGAAGCAUAUUGACUGGGGUAAAUAUGCUGAGUUGGUCUCCGAGGGCGAGCAGUCGGUAGACGUUCUUCCACCGCAGGAAGAAUACCAGUUCUUGUCCGGGUUAAUCGUCGACAGUGCUCUUCAAGCGCAGCGCAAGCCAGUUCCGGGAACUUCGAUACGGCGAAGACCCCCACACUGUGGUGGGAUGAAAAAUGUACCGGAGCCUAUCGUGAAAGAUCCGCCGCGUUUAAAACAUACCGGAAGCGCGGUACUCUGGAGAACUACGAGCGGUAUUUCUCUCUUGACGAGAUCUGAGACGAGACUCGCGAAGAGGAAAAAAAAGCAACGUCAAGUGCAGCCCAACUGAGCUGUCAGUAGUCUAUUUUACGAAACGACAACAAUGUUGAUAUUGAUAUUAACACUCACGGGCUUGGGCGCAACCUCCUGUCAAAUUUUCAUUCAUGAAAUGAGCGAUCAGCUGAUCCGAAACGUCUCGUAAAAUGGCUCGUUGUAGCCCGUUUGAUUACGUUACCUAAAACGAGUAAAGUAUUGCUAUCCGAGAUAAAUUCUGAAGCCAAAAUUCACUCCGAGCAGCAUUUUCUUCUCCUGUACUGUCAAAAAUAAAUUGAAAACAAAAUAUUCCAAUGAUUACUUUGCUUGGCGAUUGUUGGCGAUGCAAAAUUUCACCUCAACAUGAUUUUGUGCGUGAAUGGGAUUCAGUAUCACUGCAUGUGAGGUGAUGCGGUCACGUACGUGUUUGAACCACCAGCCCAAAACAUAAUGUCAACACAGAUAGGAAGAAGAAAAAAAUAACAAAGUGGAGAAAAAGAAGACCGUCUUCGCGAGUCUCGUCUCAGGACGAGAACCUAAAGGCGAAGAAACGUGGUUAUUGGAGGAAUUUCGUCAACGGUCUCUCGCGGGAGACGUCAAUGCGGACUCUCUGGACGGUCGGAAGGAGAAUGCGCAAUGCGGUAUCGGUUAAUGAGGAUCGAGAAAGCUCGCCUCGAUGGAUUUUCGACUUCGCAAAGAAAGACUGUCUGGAUUCGGUGCAAGUUCAAGCGAAUAUUCGUCGUUGUCCACCUCAAAGGAAUUCGAUGGAUUCACCUUUUUCGAUGCUUGAAUUCUCACUCGUGCUUCUGUCAUGUAACAACUAUGCCCCAGGAAUGUAUAGAAUAAAGUAAAACUUGCUCAAAAGCCUCCCAGACGUCGCAAAGAGGCGCUUGUUGAAUUUAAUCAAUCUAUUCUUGGAGAGCAACACUGUUCCGGAUGACUAGAGACGAGUGAGGGUUAUAGCCAUGCUUACGGAAGCUGCUAGAGAAGAUGAUUCUCCAUCGGCUCGAUACAUGGGUUGAAUCGAUCGGCCUUCUUUCAGAUACUCAAUUCGGUUUCCGCAGAGGCAAGGGAACGAGCGAUUGUCUGGCGUUGGUUUCUACUGAAAUUCAACUGGCCUACGCUCAAAAAAGAGCUUUUGAUGUAGUAUGCGUUGUUGUCCUUUCAGAAAAACUCCACAACUGUGGGCUUCCUCCGAUUUUAAACAACUACUUGUACAAUUUGUUAUCUGAGAAGCAGAUGUUUUUCUCUCGUGGAACCUCGGCAACUUCACGAAUUAGUUACAUGGGUCUCCCCCAGGGCUCAUGCUUAAGUCACCUUCUUUACAACUUUUACGUUAGAGAUAUCGACGAAUGUCUCGUGGAAAAUUGCUCGCUACGACAGCUUGCGGACGACGCCGUGGUUUCUAUCACCGGACCAGAGGCGGAAGAUCUUCAAGGACCACUGCAAGAUACCUUAGACAAUUUGUCUGCUCGGGCUGUAAAGCUGGGUAUCGAAUUCUCUCCGGAGAAAACUGAGUUAGUUGUCUUUUCUAGGAAGCGUGAUCCAGCUGAUCUAGAGCUUCAAUUUUUGGGUAAGGAACUCACAUAAGCUCUUUCGCAUAUGUAUUUAGGGGUCUGGUUCGACUCUAAAGGCACCUGGGGAAAGCACAUUAGUUAUGUGUAUCAGAAGUGCCAACAACGAAUCGACUUCAUGCGCACACUCACCGGAACAUGGUAGGGAGCCCACCCGGAAGAUCUAAUAAAGCUUUAUCGUACAACGAUACUGUCGGUUCUCGAAUACGGUAGCUUUUGCUUGCAGUCCGCCGCGAAAACACACAUCCUGAGCGUAUCCAGUAUCGUUGCCUUCGGAUCGCGUUAGGCUGCAUGAACUCGACGCACACAAUGAGUUUGGAGGUACUAGCACCAGUACUCCCUUUAUCAGAUCGUUUCGUGGAAUUGUCGCUAAGGUUCCUCAUCCGCUGUGAGGUGCUGAAUCCAUUGGAAAUUGAAAACUUUGAAAAGCUGAUUGAACGAAUUCAUCAAACAAAAUUUAUGACAGUGUACUACUCAUACAUGACUCUGGAGAUUAACCCUUCUUCGAAUGUUCUCAACCGUGAUUGCUUCCCAGACUUCUCCGAUUCCACUAUAGGUUUUGAUCUGACCAUGAAGCAAGAAAUCCAUGGAAUCCCAGAUCAGCUCCGAUCUUUUGGCCAUGUCAGUUGCGACAGAAGGUUUUUCACUGACGGGUCUAAAACAAAUGAUUCCACUGGAUUUGGUGUAUGCAAUGAGCUACAUAGCGCCGCCCAUAAACUUCAAAGUCCUUGCUCAGUAUAUGUCGCAGAAUUGGCGGCUAUACACUACGCAUUAGAGCGAAUCGCCUCUCUUCCUUCUGAUCAAUAUUUCAUUUUUACGGAUAGUCUCAGUUAAAUUGAGGCUAUUCGUUCGAUGAGGCCGGUGAAGCACUCCACGUAUUUCCUAAGCGAAAUACGAAAAUUCCUGCGUGCUUUAUCGAAUCGAGCAUAUAACAUCACCUUGGUUUGGGUCCCUUCGCAUUGCUCGAUUCCGGACAAUGAGAAAGCGGACUCACUCGCCACUCACGGGCGCUAUGGAAGGCGAUAUUUAUGACCGUCAUAUCGCCUUCAAUGAUUUUUUUUUUCGAUUGCUCGUCAGCAUGCCUUGGUCAGUUGGCAACAAAAAUGGGAUGCAGGAGAAUUGGGCAGGUGGUUACAUUUAAUUCUCCCACAGGUAUCGAAGACGGCGUGGUUCAAGGGGUUGGACAUGGGUCGAGAUUUUAUCAAGAUAAUGUGUCGACUUAUGUCCAAUCACUACUCUCUGGGCUCGCACUUCUAUCGAAUAGGGCUCACAGAUAACAAUCGCUGUAGCUGUGUCGCGUGGAAUUUUGUGCAAAUGCGCGUUUGAAAUAUUACAAAGGCCGCGCGGUGUAUCAUAUUCUGCACACCAGUCAAUAGUUUUGCCAAGCCGAAAUAUCCCAAAAAAGACGAAAAAACGGUAAAACUCGCAAAAGGCACUCUUAAAAUUACCAUCGUACACCGAUUUAACGGUAUAUUUAAAAAAUUGAUAAUUGGCCAACUGCCCACCCGUGGCGCUCGCAUUGGCUAAUUUGCAGUUAAAAAUAUUGCACUUAUUAGCGCAUUUGCCCAAAAGUACACGUGGCAAAUCCCUGAGGAAAGGAACAGCCGCGUGUUUUGCUCCCCUAUUACUCAAUUCUUAUGGGAGAUAUAACAUUGCGGCGUUUCCUCAAGUGCGGUUGUUCCUUUCCAAGAGGAUUUGCCGCGUGGAAUUUCGUGCAAAUGCGCGUUUGGAACAUUACAAAGGCCGCGCGGUGUAUCAUAUUCAGCAAACCAGCUUUCACUGCACUUCACAAACAUCCCCAGAAAUGAACUUUUCAAUCAGCGAGUUCAUUUGUAGGGAUGUCUGCAACGGAUGUUAUUUUCAUAAUUUAAAAUACCAGUACACAGAGGCUCAAAUAUUAAAUACAAAUUUUGUACAAAAAGAAACCAAUGCUCUUUGUUUGACUCGAACGAAUUGUCUUCUAAGCAGAUGUUGUUUCUUUAGUUCAUUCCUUCAAAUUUUGCUAAUUUUACCGAACUUGCACGGAAAAAGCAUUGCAAUUGAAUCAUGGUGUAUUUUUGUUUUCAAAAGGAAGUAUACGGAACAGUACGAGUUCAGACCAAAUGGCAAUAACCCAUAGCUAUUUUAUCGCUCACAUGUCAUUUUUAUCAUCACUCAUUUAUUACAGCGAUUCACGCAAGGCAGUGCGAUUUCCAACUUUCUUUCAUACAGAUAGAGAAUGAAGAGCAACGCAAAAGAAAUCUCCCCCUGUCAGACGGUUGCACCAAAACGAACUCUUGCUUGUGCGUGGUGAUUACGCGCUAAUAACCUACAGAAUGCUGUCUUUCCCCUUCACUAUACGCCCAUAUCUCACACCCUCGCUGAUUGCCA